AUGGACCGUUUCCCACAAGACUACGUCCUUCAUAACCUGCCUUUACUGCUUCUCUCAGGUUUGAACACGAGAAGCCCGAGCGAGCCAGACCCUUUGGGAAAGACCCACGAUUUUUUGCACGAAGGUGGAUUCAGAAUCAAGGUCGAUGCGCCUGUUGUCAGCGGUCCGCUGGCGGAGCAGUUGCUCCAAUCUUUCUGCGAACAAGAUGCGUCAGGUAUUCCGUGGCACUCUCAGUAUUACACCGCGAGGAAUGGCAGGGUUUUCAAAAUAGUCAAGGUCGGACGGGUCUACACUCUUCCUCCUCGCAAAGCACCGCCCCCUCCCCAUUCUCCCCGUCUGUCAGCUGUCGGUGCAAAUGGAAGUCCACCGCCAGCACUUGUACUGCAUUCUCCGUUGUCGCCCUUGACGCCCAGCUCUCCGUUGUAUCCCGACGGCAUCAUCUCUCCCCUGUGGAUCACAAAGCACCAGUCGCGACUACCUUGCGCCCUCUUGACCGUCUUUACUCUCAGCUCCGACCCCAACACAAGUUCACUCCAGGACAAUAAGCUGAAGUCCGAGAUCAACAAUGUGCGCACUGUCCUGACGUCGGCAAAUUACAAGACCAGACUUGUGGUGAUAUUACUUGGAGAUGGUAUCAUUAGCCCUUCUGACCUUGAAGAGCGCUUCAGUACCAUUCGACGGUCCACCGGCCUGGACAGCAAGAGCAUAUUGUUCCUCGCCCAUGACUCUUCGCCUACAGAGAUCAAUACAUUUGUCAACUCUGUUCUUUCGUCUCUUUAUCCUGUUUGUGUAGAUUAUUACCGAGACCUUUCAAAGCAUGCACGGCGCAAGCGUAAUCGAAACGCGGCCCCACAACCUACUGUACAGCCGGGAAGCUCGCACAUACUGUCUUUACCAGGCUGGAAUGUCCGAUAUGAAUUCAAGCUCGGCGUCUUCGCAGAGUUCCGGCAAGAGAUGGACGCGGCGUGUCGGAACUAUGAGACUGCUUAUGAUAAUUUGUUUGCUGCCGAAAUCAUUGAUGCGAUCGCUGUUUGGAGCCCGCGUUUCAAUGAAGCAAGGCUAUUGGCGGACGUCAUUGCCUUUCGCACAAUCAGAUGUCUUUUGUGGACCGAUCAAGUUGCGACAGCGGUGAGAUCAUGGGUUGCCCACCGAGAUCGUAUCAAAGAUCUGGUCGACCGAAGGGGUAAGGGGACAGAUAACUAUGGCUGGGAAGCGUGGCAGACUGCCUGGGCAAUGGUCAUGGCGGACUUGGUAUCUCGGUCGGAGUAUCCCUUGUUACAUGCAAAGCUCCCCAACACCCCUGGCCUGCUUCCUGUCCUCGUUGAUGUGGAUAGGUCACUUCCUGUGGGCGAGCGUUGUGUGCCCUGGGAACAACUGCAUCAUGAGGGAUAUUGGCUGGAUAUUGCAAAGAGAUGCAUCCAUGCGCGUCGAAAUUGGGCCUUGCAGAUCCCAGAGGAAGAUAGGCAGUCGCCAGGUCGUUCACCUGCUUCCAUGGUUGCCAGCAAGGCUCAUCUUUACGACACGUAUCUUGCGCUGGAGCCAUACCGUGAGGUGCCAACAGACGGAAGCCCUGGGUAUGAUUAUGCGGGAGAGAUCGUCUCGACAUUGGAUGCCGCCAUUGGUCAUUUCGCAAAGCGAGGCCAAAUGCGCAAAGUUGAGGUUCUCGAGCUCCAGAAAGCAUUUGAGCAAAUCCAGGCACAGUCGUGGUCAGACGCAACCACCACAUUACGACGGUUAUGGCACUCCCAACACUGGAGACACGCUGGAUGGUGGAAAUUACUCCAAGGGCUUGGCUGGGCACUCCUUGACUGUCUUGCUCAUGUCGAUGAUGGCGAGUUGCUCAUUCAGCUGAUCUGGGAGCUCUCAAAUCGGGUAUUCGACCAGAAGCCGAACACUAACUAUGAUCUCCGCCAAGGGAUCACGCCAUCCAGCACCAAGGAUGGGCAGCUGUCUGUCGCAAUGGGUAUUGACGAGGCUCUUUCUCCCUUGAUUGCAACGUUCGUUUUCUCGACACACGAUGUGUUUGUCGGAGAGCCUGUGGAGUGUCAACUCUGCAUAUCGUCUCGAGCACAGAUCGGUCUCCCUGCCAUCCGCCUCUCGGACAUCAAGGUUGUCUUCGAAGGCGGUCUGAAACCCGUUUAUCUGGUUGCGAAGGAAGGAGAAUGCAGUCCCGCUGACACCGCGGCUGCCCAAUUCAUAGACGUCCGCCUGGCUGAAUCCUCGACCAUGUCCUUAUCAUCUACAAGGAGAUCUUCAGCCGGCGUCGUCGCGUCGCAGAUGAGCAGUGCUGAUCUAACAAUUCCAUCAAAUCAUACCAAAAUAUUCAAGCUCCAUGUCGUGCCCAGGGAAGCCGGAGAAGUCUCAGUGGCUUCCAUUACGCUGAUGAUCAACGAUGAGACUCUCACAUUUGCUGCGACCUCGACCGAUUUUUCACACUCGAUAAUUCAGUGGUGGGAAUCGAAAGCCGGUAUACCCACUCCUCGAUCACUUGGACAGGAGUCCAAUGCCUUCAAUAAGAUCAACGUACAGCCCAAACCGCCAAAGCUCAAGAUCGCGGCUCCGGGACUUAGACGAUCAUACUACACAAACGAAUCAAUAACAAUUGAUUUUGAGAUUUUGAACGAGGAAGCGGAAGAGGCAAUUGUGUCGCUCGACGCCCGCAUGAUCAGCCCAGUUGAAGGCGCUGCACAGAUGAUGUGGGGUGAGAAUGGACUAGAAACUGCUCCAGCGGCUGCAUCGGGAUCGGGUGUGCUUACGCUGGGACAACGUGAACUUGGGACGAUUCCAUCGUCAGGAAGGCUUGUCGUGUCUCUCCGCAUAACGGAUACAGCUGCCGCAGUCGAUCACGAAGUAGAACUUCUCGCGACGUACCGCCUGGACUCAGAACCGGAGACGAUUCUUACGAAGGCAUUGACUGUCGAUGUUGGAGUCAUCCGCCCCUUCGAAGCGAACUACGACUUCAUCCCCCAACUGGACAAAGGACCUUGGCCCAAUUUCUUCGAAGCACCCCCGCAACAUUCGGAUUCACUGACCCCUCUGGGUCUGAGGCAUCUGUACUCCGUUGCAGCGAGUCUCUACUCCUUUGCCACAGAGCCUCUGGUCAUCGAAGCCAUUCUGCUUACGGCUACGAAAAUCGUAGGGGGCGCCGUCUGCUCGGCAAGUACUGGCAUUGUGAGGAAAACGACAGAGGCAGACACUGCAACCAAAGACUCUGAUACAAGGAUCUCGACAGUGAUAGCACCAGAUCACACGGAAACGUUUGACUUUGACCUCACACUGCAGAAACUGAUCCUUGGCGACCGGCACACGGUGGCUGUUGAACUCGCACUACAGAUCGGUUGGCGUCGACAGGACUCACAAGAAGUCAGCACCACGCUUCUUGAAGUGCCUCGACUUGUGGCGCCGAUGGCCGAACCAAGAGUCAUGCUCACUGUCGCCUCGACUAGUCUCGGACCAUCAAAAGUUGAGGUGGACAAGUGGUCUUUCACGAUCGAGAAUCCGAGCAUGCACUAUCUUACGUUUAAUGUAUCCAUGGAGGCGAGCGAGGACUUCGCGUUCAGUGGACCGAAAGCGGGCGCGAUCAGCUUGGUCCCCAUCAGCAGGCAGACGCUGAACUAUCGGAUACUGCCAAAUAAGAAGGAUGAAUGGAUCUCAGUGCAUAUGAACGUGGUCGAUGCAUACUUUGGGCAGACCUUGAGAGUUCUGCCUGGCGGCAGUAGAGUUAAGGUGGACAAGAAGGGAAACGUGCUCGUCAAGGUCUAA